AGAAGACGUCAUCGCGCAGAGUGCUUAAAAGCGGAAGGCUCCUCCUUCGCUCCCGCAUUCGACCUGCAGCCCCGUUAUCAGCUCCUGGAUUCCUGCCAGUUAAAGCUACACUACAUUGAAGAUGUCGGACGAGGGGAAAUUGUUCAUCGGAGGACUGAGCUUUGAGACCAAUGAGGAGUCUCUGGCCGCGGCCUUUGGCAAAUAUGGAAACAUCGAAAAAGUUGAUGUGAUCAGAGACAAAGAGUCGGGGAAAUCUCGCGGUUUUGGCUUUGUGAAAUAUGACAACUGUGAAGAUGCUAAAGAUGCACUGGAAGGCAUGAACGGCAAGACCCUAGAUGGCCGGUCUAUUCGUGUGGAUGAAGCAGGGAAGGGUGGCCGCUAGGGAGGUUUCAGCUCAGGCCCAAGAGGAGGACGAGGUGGAUUCGGCGGGCGUGGGAGAGGUGGACGAGGUUACUCCAGAGGAGGUGGCGGAUACAAUGGAGACAGGGGUUAUGGUGACAGGAGUUACAGUGACCGGAGCUUCAAUAACGAGGGCAGGUUUGGCGGCGGUGGUGGUGGCGGCGGUGGCAGCCAGUACAGGAGUAGUGGAGGCGGAUACUCGAGCUACAGGGACAACAGGGGUCAGGGUGGAUAUGGUGACCGCUCUGGAUCCUACCGCGAUCACUACGACAGCUACACUGCACAAGAGUAAACAUCUCCCUGAUUCAAGAUCAUCACUUGGCUGGCUGUAUUUCAAAGAUGCGCUCCUCAAGAAAAAUGUCCACGUGUUAUUGCUGACCUUAGUUUUGUAGUUCUGUUGUAGUAGCUCAAGCAUCUUAAAAAAAAAAAAAAAAAAAAAUGUAGCCAUGAGUUUUGGUCAUUCCAUAACAAACCAUGUUACAAAUUACAGUUCAAGACUCAUACCCUGCUUGAUUGGGCAUCUUAAUUCCUCAAAGGUCGUUGGCUAAAAGGCAUCUGUGUAAUCUAAUUAGUACGGUCCCAUUUUUGGGGACUGAACGGCUCAUUACAUGGCUUUUUGUUGAAACUACCAUCGCUGUAGACUUUUUGUCCAGCACUAAAGUGUUUCCUGAUUUGAUUCCAUUUAGUUUUUAUUUUAUAUUGAAAUAGCUGAUGGGGGGUUUUUUUAUUUAUUUUUUAUUUCCCCUCUCAAUCUCUGUGGCUGACCUACCUCUUGCCAGGUUAUAAACUGAGUGAGGAAAGCAAUCCAAUUACUCAAAGAUGGACUUUUGGGGGAUUUUAUGCUAAAUUCCUUUUACUAUUAAAAACUUAGUAUAGCUGAG